AUGGACAACUUUGGAUCCGAGUUUGCUGCAGGAGGGUCUGGAGGUAAAAUGGACGCUGGGACGAUAAUGGAGCAGGUCAAGGUCCAGAUAGCUGUGGCUAAUGCUCAAGAGCUACUGCAGAGAAUGACUGACAAAUGUUUCAAAAAGUGCAUUGGUAAACCAGGAAGCAGCUUGGACAACUCUGAACAGAAAUGUAUUGCCAUGUGUAUGGACCGGUAUAUGGAUGCUUGGAACACUGUAUCCCGGACGUACAACUCCAGGUUACAGCGGGAAAGGGCUCGAAUGUGA